AUUUAACUUUCAUGCUACUGAAUUAUUGAAUUUGCCUGAUGAUCAUUCCGAAAAACAAUUGAGUUUGGGAGAAUAUCUUGAUCUUCAUAAUUAUUCCGCCUCUUUCAGAAACAAUUAUUUGUUGCCAAUGACCGCUGCUAUUUGGUCCACUCCUCCAGAAACAUGUACACUCGAGUUUCCUGCUUUGACUUUAAUCCAAUUCAUGCAUAAUCAUUGUUUACUUCAAGUUUUUAAUCGAGUUGACUGGCUAACUGUGAAAGGUGGAAGUCGCAAGUAUGUUGAAUCCAUCAUUUCCAAUAUUAAAGAUGUAAGGCUUUCGACUCAAGUGGUUUCUAUUACUCGUGAACCAUCAGAUUCUUCCGAUCCGACCUCUUGUCCGAUUAUUACUAUCAUUGAUAACAAGGGUCGACGCGAAACGUUUGAUCACGUGGUAUUCGCGACCCAUGCGGAUCAAGCCCUGAAGAUUCUAGGUGAUCAAGCCACAGAAGAUGAGAUACGUAUAUUGGGCAACGUACACUUUAGUAAAAAUCGCGCAGUUCUGCAUUCGGAUCUUUCA